AUGGCACAAGAGGAGACUCUGUCUGCGGCUGCGGCCAUUGUGCGAAACCUCGCCCGCGGCCCAGCUGUACCGCUUGCGUUCCCUGGUCCACAGUCACCACCAAAGGCUGGAGGCUUGGACUUGCACGCGUUUGUCUUGCCUGGCGAAGAGAGCCAGGAAAAGAGAGCCUUGGAAUACGAGCUCUACUCGUUAGGAUUACGCAUUCAACAUCUCGAAGCACGAGCCGGAUCCACCCUCAGUCAAAACCUCCCCGAUACCCCGAGCGACACGGGCCCGGUAUCGUCCCCGUUUGAUAGCGGCCUCUCGCCGGGUGCACAACGUCUUGGUGGCGGAAACUUUGUACGACAACGGCCGGCCAAUGUCCGAGAUCGAGGUACCAACUGGGUCUCGAACCUUUUGAGCGCUCGUCCGACGACACCUGCCGAACGAGAUGCACACAUCACCCAGCUCAGUGACGAACAACUCGCGUUGCUGAGAGAUCAUGUCAAUCAACAAGCCGAAGAAAUCAAGAGCCAGAGGGCCGUCAUUGCCGCCAUCAGCGAGCAAUUGAAUGAGCAACAAAGACAAACCGAGAGAGCCCUGGGUAAAGUGGAACAGGAAAAUGUCCAGGCUUUGGAGCGCGAGCUCCGAAAACAUCAGCAAGCCAACGAGGCUUUCCAAAAGGCCUUGAAGGAAAUUGGAGGUAUCGUCACCGCCGUUGCUCGAGGUGACUUGAGCAAAAAGGUCUUGAUUCAUGCCAAGGAAAUGGAUCCCGAAAUUACUACGUUCAAGCGCACCAUCAACACCAUGAUGGACCAGCUCCAGAUAUUCGCAAGUGAGGUGUCCCGAGUGGCUAGAGAAGUCGGCACCGAAGGCCGGCUCGGUGGCCAAGCGCAAAUCGCUGGCGUGGAUGGUAUUUGGAAAGAAUUGACCACGAACGUCAACGUCAUGGCCAACAAUCUUACCGAUCAAGUACGAGAGAUUGCCCAAGUUACCACUGCCGUGGCACAUGGUGAUUUGAGCCACAAGAUUCUCAUUCCAGCCCAAGGCGAGAUACUCGAACUGCAACAGACGAUCAACACCAUGGUGGACCAAUUACGCACGUUUGCCAUGGAAGUCACACGUGUCGCCCGCGAUGUCGGUACCGAAGGCGUUCUGGGAGGCCAGGCACAAAUCGAGGGCGUGCAGGGCAUGUGGAACGAUCUGACGGUUAAUGUCAAUGCCAUGGCCAAUAAUCUGACCAUGCAAGUGCGCGAUAUUGCCACGGUCACCACCGCUGUAGCAAAGGGCGAUUUGACUCAAAAGGUCAAGGCCGAAUGCAAGGGCGAAAUUCUUGAACUCAAAUCCACCAUCAACUCCAUGGUGGAUCAGCUGCAGCAGUUCGCCCAUGAGGUUUCCAAGAUAGCCAAGGAUGUCGGCACAGAUGGAAGGCUCGGCGGCCAAGCUACGGUGCAUGAUGUGGAAGGUGUCUGGAGGGAUCUCACGGAAAACGUCAAUGGCAUGGCAAUGAAUUUGACAACCCAAGUCCGAGAGAUUGCACAAGUCACCACUGCUGUCGCCAAGGGUGAUUUGACCAAGAAGAUCCAAGCAGAAGUCAAGGGUGAAAUUCUUGACUUGAAGAUUACGAUCAACAACAUGGUUGACAGAUUAGGAACUUUUGCCGUUGAAGUGAGCAAGGUCGCUCGAGAAGUCGGAACCGAAGGCACCUUGGGCGGGCAGGCUAAAGUGGAAAACGUCGAAGGGAAAUGGAAGGAUCUCACCGACAAUGUCAAUACCAUGGCUCGAAAUCUGACAGCCCAGGUGCGGAGCAUCUCCCAUGUUACCCAGGCCAUUGCCUCGGGUGAUAUGAGCAAGAAGAUUAGCGUCCAUGCACAGGGAGAAAUGGGUCUCCUCAAGGAAACGAUCAAUAACAUGGUCGAUCGCUUAGCAAUAUUCGCCAGCGAAGUGAAGCGUGUCGCGAGGGAUGUCGGUGUCGACGGCAAGAUGGGCGGACAAGCCAAUGUUACAGGCGUCAGCGGAAGAUGGAAAGAGAUUACCAACGACGUCAAUACCAUGGCCCAAAAUCUGACGUCUCAAGUGCGCGCUUUUGGAGACAUCACCGUCGCUGCUUCGGACGGUGAUUUCACCAAGAUCAUUACCGUCGAAGCCUCUGGCGAAAUGGACGAGCUCAAGCGCAAGAUCAAUAAAAUGGUCUUCAAUCUGCGGGACAGCAUUCAACGAAACACUCAGGCCAGGGAAGCUGCCGAGUUGGCUAACCGGACCAAAUCCGAGUUCCUUGCCAACAUGAGUCACGAGAUCAGAACGCCAAUGAACGGUAUCAUAGGAAUGACCCAGUUAACGUUGGACACCGAUCUCACCCAGUAUCAGCGAGAGAUGCUCAAUAUUGUGCACAAUCUUGCAAAUAGUCUUCUGACCAUCAUUGAUGAUAUCUUGGAUAUCUCAAAGAUUGAAGCAAAUCGCAUGGUCAUGGAGGCUAUUCCGUUCUCGCUCAGGGUUACUGUCUUUAACGCCUUGAAGACACUGGCGGUCAAGGCAAAUGAAAAGUUCCUCGACCUGGCGUAUGCAGUCGACUGCACGGUGCCUGAUCACGUUGUUGGAGAUUCCUUCCGACUUCGCCAGAUCAUUCUUAACCUGGUUGGAAAUGCCAUCAAAUUCACCGAACACGGUGAGGUAAAGCUGUCGAUCCUCAAAGCCGCACAGGACAAUUGUGGUCCUGGUGAGUGCGCGUUCGAAUUCCGCGUCUCCGACACAGGCAUUGGUAUCCAAGGCGACAAGCUAGACUUGAUUUUCGAUACGUUCCAGCAGGCUGAUGGGUCGACCACCAGAAAAUUUGGCGGCACCGGUCUGGGGCUCUCCAUCUCGAAGCGCUUGGUCAGUCUGAUGGGAGGAGACCUCUGGGUCACGUCACGGUAUGGCCAUGGAAGUACGUUUUACUUCACGUGCAGAUGCCAACUGGCCACGACAGAGCUCAGUGCCAUUUCAGCUCAGCUUCGUCCCUACAAGGAACACACUGUGCUUUUCAUUGACAAGGGAGAGACUGGUUGUGGGCCUACUAUUGUUCUUCAGCUUCGCGAGCUUGGCCUCCUGCCAACGGUUGUCAGCAGCGAGGAUCAAAAACCUCCUACUGAAAGUCUAAGUGCUCUGAGGAGAUCCAAGAAGCACGCCUUUGACGUUAUCAUUGUCGAUUCCGUCGACACAGCACGGAAAUUACGAACGGUCGAUAUAUUCAAGUAUAUCCCCAUUGUUCUUCUGGCGCCAAAGAUCUCAAUCAGUCUAAAAUCCGCGCUCGACCUCGGAAUCACAAGCCACAUGACUACUCCUUGUCUUGCCAUAGAGCUAGGAAACGGUAUGCUCCCUGCUCUUGAGGGCAGGGCAGCGCCUUCCAUUGCGGAUGCCUCACGUAUAUUCGACGUUUUGCUUGCUGAAGACAAUGUGGUCAACCAGCGACUUGCCGUCAAGAUUCUGCAAAAGUAUCACCACGUGGUCACAGUGGUAGGAAAUGGCUUGGACGCUUUCGAGGCUGUCAAGAAGAAGCGCUACGAUGUCAUCCUCAUGGACGUGCAGAUGCCCAUCAUGGGAGGAUUUGAGGCCACUGCGAAGAUUAGGGAAUGGGAAAAGGAAGAAGGCCUCCCACGUUCGCCCAUUAUUGCCUUGACCGCGCAUGCCAUGCUUGGAGACCGAGAGAAGUGUAUUCAAGCUCAAAUGGAUGAAUAUCUGUCCAAGCCGCUGAAACAGAACCAGCUCAUUCAAACUAUCCUCAAAUGUGCCUCUUUAGGAGGAGGUUUGGCGGUCAAUGAAAGGGGACGGGCUGAAGGCGAAAUUGCCGAAGCGGCGGAGACAGAUGCUCCCGGCAAGCCGGCGAGACCUGCGCUUGAGAACAGGGCCUUUACCACCACGGGCCCAAUUACCCACGGCAGCGCAGCAAGUCCAGGCCCGCAGGCGGCCGAGCAGGGCGACCCCCUUGAACGAUUAUUACUGAGGUCACACAGCAGCUAA